AUGCGUGACGGCAAAAAAACAGUUCUAGUCAUCAAUGGCCCAAAUCUCAACCUUCUAGGAACCCGUGAACCACAUAUCUACGGACACGAAUCACUCGCGGAUGUUGAAGCAUCUGGCAAAAAGCAAGGCAAUGACCUUAACGCCAACGUGGAGUUUUUCCAGAGUAACUGGGAAGGAGCCAUCGUCGAUCGAAUUCAAGAAGCCCGCACUGAUGGAACUGAUGGAAUUGUCUUGAACCCGGGUGGAUUUACGCAUACGUCAGUUGCUAUUCGGGAUGCGAUUCUUGGUGUCGCAAUUCCAUUUGUUGAGUUGCAUGUGUCGAACAUUCAUGCUAGGGAGGAGUGGCGGCAUCACUCUUACUUCCAGGAUAAGGCAAAGGCCAUUAUUGCUGGGUGUGGUGUGCAGGGUUAUGAAUAUGCGAUUGAUCUUGUUAUAAGAAAGUUCCCGGCGAAAGAUUAA